AUGGCCCCCUCCAUUUCGCUCGACCACACCACCCCGGCCGUCGUGCCGGAAUCUAACGAGACUCCCGCUGCCUUCGCGCCAACCAAUGACCUUUUCUCCCUCGCCGGUCGCACAGUCAUGAUCACUGGCGGCGGUCGUGGUCUUGGUAUGACCUUGACCAUCGCCGUCCUCGAGGCUGGCGGCGAUGUCGCAUGUCUCGAUCUUUUGGCUGAACCUAGCCAGGAGGAGUGGGCUACUGUGCAGAAGACUGCUAGGGUGCGCGGCCUGCAGGCAACCUACAACUCUUGCGAUAUCACCAAUGAGGAGGCCACCAAGAAGGCUCUGGAGGAUAUUGCUGCCGAGGCUAUGCGCCGCAACAAGCCUCUUCGUGGUGCCAUCACUUGUGCUGGUAUCCAGCAGAUGGUUCCUGCGCUUGACUACCCCGUUGAGGGAUACCGCAAGAUGCUUGAUGUCAACGUUCUUGGAACAUUCAUCCCCGCCAAGCACUGUGCUCGUAUCUUCAUUGAACAGAAGACCCCCGGCAGCAUCGUCAUGAUCGCAUCUAUGUCUGGCCAGAUCGCCAACCGGGGAUUGACCUGCACCGCAUACAACUCCUCCAAGGCCGCUGUCCACCAAAUGUGCCGGUCCGUCGCCCAGGAAUGGGGCCAACACAACAUCCGCGUGAACACCCUCUCCGCUGGAUAUAUUCGCACUGCCAUGACCGACGCUCUCCUCAAGGAGAAGCCCGAGGUCGAGGAGACCUGGAUGCGUGGCGCCCUUCUCGGCCGCCUUGGUGCCCCCGAAGACUUCAAGGGACCUACCAUCUAUAUGCUUACUGACUCCAGUGCCUGGAUGACUGGUGCUGAUCUACGUGUGGAUGGUGGUCACUGUGCAUCCGCAUAA